AUGGCGCCGCCAGCGUCUCUCAACAUGUCCUUCCGCUCCGCUGACCGGCAGCUUGACAGCUAUCAGUUCACAUUCGAGUCUUAUCUGGAGGACUCGGCGCGAAUUGAGCCGGAUGUAUCCUACCCAUUCCCCAAUGACAACCCAGAAAAUGAUCGCAUGGAGGAACAGUAUGAGAUCAUCAAGAUGGUCAUGGACGGGCGGCUACACCUCGCCCCUUUCUCCCGCGACCGCCCUCCACGGCACGUUCUAGAUGUUGCAACCGGCACAGGCAUUUGGGCCGUCGAGAUGGGCGACAAGUACCCCGAAGCCGAGAUCGUCGGGACCGACCUGUCACCUAUCCAACCCGCCUUUGUGCCCCCAAACGUGCACUUCUUUAUCGAAGACUCGAGUGAAGACUGGUACUAUCCUACCAAAUUUGACUUUAUCCAUACGCGGAUAACCAUCGGCUGCUGGUCAGACAUGAAGAACGAAAUCAUACAGCGCGCGUUCGACCACCUCGAACCCGGGGGCUGGCUCGAGUGCCAAGAAAUCCCCGCCUUGAUCUACUGCGACGACGGCACCAUGCCAGACGACUACGGGUGGCUGCGCUGGGUCCGAGACUUUCAGGCUGGCGGUCGGGUUUCCAAUCGACAGCUGGACCUCGGCCCUCAAUUGAAGGAGUGGAUGCACGAGGUCGGCUUCGUCGACAUCCACGAGAUGAUCUUCAAGAUUCCUCUCAACGGCUGGCCCAAGGAGGUGCGGCUGAAACAUGUCGGCAUGAUGUGGCAGCGGAACCUGCUAGAAGGCCUGAGCGGGUUCAGCCUAGACAUGUUCAACCGACUGGGAAAGUCAAUCGAGGAAAUAGAGCUCUCCCUAGUGGAGGUACGGAACAGCCUGUUCGACCGCAGUGUCCAUGCCUACCAUAAAGUACACGUAGUUUGGGGCCGAAAGCCGGACGCCUAG